CCUAUUUUACAUUUUAAAUCAUCUCCCGAAAUGUUUACAUUUAGCUUCAAUGAAAAGUAAUAGUUUAAUAGCUAGUCUAAACUAAUGGAUUCACAUUUGCAGCAGCCCUUAUUUUAAAGCCAAACGAAGCAACUCAGCUCAACUUUCUUACCACUUGAGGAGACACUGCUAAGUGACUCAGUGACACAGAGGGUGAACUUUGAAGAAGCGAGAAUGUUUCUGGGUUCCUUACGGCUUUUGUUCUGGUUUUGCAUUUUUGGGGGGGGGCAAGGAUCUGACCGGUCAUUUCUUACUGAGGCUGCAAUGAGAUAAACAGUUCUCGCUCUUUCCCCCCGUCUCUUUCUUUAACAGCAACUUUCAUUGUUAGAAAGAGAGGAGCCGAGUUGGUUGACGUCACUUUGGUUGGUGAAGGCUUCGCCUGGAAGUGAAGCUGAAUAAACCUUGAGAAGAGAAUCUGCUUCAAUCUGAGCCACAGAGCGAGAGCGCGUGCACACACACAUUCACACACGCACACACACAGACGGUUACACUAUCAUGAAUCCUCCUAGUUAGAUCUCCUAGCCUUUCUUCACUCACUUCAGGCUAUUUCGGGGAAAGCAGCAUUCCCAUCUUCCAGAUAACACGCAUCCAUCCUUUUGAACUCAGCCCCCCCCCUCCGAGAAAAGAGGUGUGUAUGUUGUUGGAGGGGACGAAAUCUCUCUUCCAAACUGUAAAGCUUUCAAAACAGUGAUGUCACAGAACUGACCACAUUGAUCACAGUCCUGAAAGACCAGGAUUCAGAUCCCUACGCAGCCAUGAAGCUCACUGGGUGACCUUGGGCCAGUUACUGCCUCUCAGCCUCAGAGGAAAGCAAUGAUAUGGAGUCUGGAGAGCGGUUAACAUCAACAUCAGCAGUCUCUACUACAGCAACAUCAUCUCCGGCAUCUUCAUCAUCUUCUGUUGUUUUAGCAGUUUCCAAAGGUGGCCUUUCCACUGGAGCUGCAUCACUUAGCUCCACAAUCAACACCUGUGGACAUUUAUUCAGAACAGCUGGGGAUCAACCGUGUAACCUGUCCACAGUGACGAGUGCCUUCCCAAUGGUCAGCCACCCAGUCUUUGGUCUACAUACAGCCAGCUCAGGGCAUACAGAAUUUGGUGGCUUGGGGACACUUGGUACACCCACAGCCUUAGCAGCACAUCCCCAACUAGCACCUUUUCCAGAAUGGUGGCGAAAUGCAGACAUGCACUCACGUACUGGUACAACUUUCUUUCCAUCGCUUCUUGGAAUUUCUCCACUGUUUGCUCCUCCUGCUCAAAAUCAUGACUCCACAUCAUUCCAUUUGAGGACCACUGGAAAAACUACCCGAGGCAGUUUGGAGAAAGGUGUUAAUGGAUCAGUAAAUGGGAACAGUACCACUUCAGUAUCAGGCAUCAACACGUCUGUAUUAUCUACCACCACUGCAAGUUCUGCAGGACAAGCAAAGGUUAUAACCGCAGUAGGAGGAAGUCGCAAAUGUAACCAGGAACAAAAUAAAAACCAGAUUCUGGAUGUCAGAGCUGACAAGAUUAAAGAUAAGAAAUCUAGAAAGAAAGCAGUGGAUAGUUCCAGCAACAGUGAAAGUGAUUCUGGUUCCUCUUCAGACACCUCCAGUGAAGGCAUUAGUAGCAGUGACUCAGAUGAUCUGGAAGAAGAUGAGGAGGAGGAGGAAGAGGAAGAUCAAAGUGCUGAAGAAAGUGAAGAUGAGGACUCUGAUUCAGAGAGUGAAGCACAGCAGAAAAAUAAGAACAAGGUGCUGAUGCAUAGUGGACCAGACAUGAAAGCAGAUGGACAAAAAAACCACGAAAAGCCCCAGGAAAAGAGAACACACCAGCCAAUACCUCUUGUGUCUGAUAGCCAGACUCACCCGUCAUUCCAGUCCCAGCAGAAGCAGCCUCAGGUUUUGUCACAGCAGCUUCCCUUUAUUUUCCAAAGCUCUCAGGCAAAGGAGGAAUCUGUGAACAAACACACAAGCGUAAUACAGUCUACGGGAUUGGUGCCCAAUGUGAACCCUUUGUCUUUGGUAAAUCAAGCCAAAAAGGAAACUUUCUUAAAACUUGUAGUUCCUUCUCCUGAUCUACUCAAGGCAGGGAAUAAAAAUACCUCUGAUGAACCUAGCCUGUUGACCAUUGAUGUAAGAUCAAACCGGGAACAGUACAAACAGACAUUCCCAGCACAGUUGAAGAAACAACAUGAAUCAUCUAAGAACCUGAAGAAGGUUAUCACAGGAGUAUCAAAUCCAAAGCCAACUAGUUCAUCACCAGCUCAUCAAAAACACACCUCUUUAGAAAACAACCAUUCUAAUCCUUUCUUGACCAAUGCACUUUUAGGUAAUCAUCAGCCCAAUGGAGUGAUUCAGAGCGUCAUUCAAGAGGCUCCUCUGGCACUUACCACCAAAUCCAAAUCCCAGCCCAAGGUCACUGAAAACGUAUCUACUUCCAGCAACAUAGCCCUUUCCUCACCAGUAAAUUUAAGCACGUGUGGGAAAAAGACACCAAGCAACCGGACACCUGUUAUGUCUUCUACCUCUCCUGUAUUACCUGGCCCCACAAAGGAAAAGGCAGUCAGCAAUAAUACAAUAACAGCAGUAAAAACACAACACAACCAUCCUUCCACAAAACCGUUAGUUGAACAAUUCAGAGGACCAGAUUCAGACAUUCUUAGCAGUAAAGAUUCUGAAGAUUCAAAUGAUGAGGAUGAGGAUGAUGAAGAUGAUGACGAUGACGAUGAGGAUGAGGAUGAUGAAGAUGAAGAUGAAGAUGAGGAUUCUGAUGAUAGUCAAUCAGAAUCUGAUAGUAAUUCAGAAGGGUCCGAUACCGAAGGAUCUGAAGAUGAUGAGGAAGAAGAUGAUAAAGAGCCAGAUGAAUCGGAGACUGACACGGAGGGAGAGAAGUCUUCAAUUAAGUUGAACAAAACUGCUUCCUCUGCCAAAAGCUCUUCCGUCAGCCUUGCAGCUUGCUCAACACCACUUAAUCUCCAAGUAGCAAAGACACCAAGUUCUGCUCCAGCUGUAUUAUGCCCUGAGUCCCCCUCACCAGCUUUUGUGGGCACACCUUCUUCCGGGCUUUCUUCAAGCACCCACUGUGGUAUUUCAAAAAGGCGAAGAGUAACAGAUGAGCGAGAAUUGCGCAUUCCUAUGGAGUAUGGCUGGCAAAGAGAAACUAGAAUAAGAAACUUUGGUGGUCGCCUUCAAGGAGAAGUGGCAUAUUAUGCCCCAUGUGGCAAGAAGCUAAGGCAGUACCCUGAUGUAGUAAAGUAUCUCAGCAGAAAUGGAAUAAUGGAUAUCUCAAGGGACAAUUUCAGCUUCAGUGCAAAAAUAGGAGUGGGUGACUUCUAUGAAGCCAGAGAUGGACCGCAGGGGAUGCAGUGGUGUUUGCUGAAAGAAGAGGAAGUCCUUCCCCGUAUCAGAGCUAUGGAAGGACGUAGAGGACGGCCACCAAAUCCAGACAGACAGCGUGCUAAAGAGGAGUCAAAAAUGAGGCGUCGCAAAGGUCGACCUCCAAAUGUUGGUAGCACCGAGUUUCUUGACAACACAGACGCUAAGCUGUUGAGAAAGUUGCAAGCCCAAGAAAUUGCUAGGCAAGCAGCACAAAUCAAGCUUUUGAGAAAACUUCAGAAGCAAGAACAGGCCCGAGCUGCCAAAGAAGCAAAAAAACAGCAAGCUAUUAUGGCUGCAGAAGAAAAAAGAAAGCAAAAAGAGCAGAUAAAAAUAAUGAAACAGCAGGAAAAAAUUAAAAGAAUUCAGCAAAUCAGAAUGGAAAAAGAACUUCGGGCUCAACAAAUAUUAGAGGCAAAAAAGAAAAAGAAGGAAGAAGCAGCAAAUGCCAAAUUAUUGGAGGCCGAGAAACGAAUAAAGGAAAAGGAAAUGAGAAGACAGCAAGCUGUUCUUCUUAAACAUCAGGAGUUGGAGAGGCAUAGACUAGAUAUGGAACGGGAAAGGAGAAGGCAGCAUAUGAUGCUUAUGAAAGCCAUGGAGGCACGUAAAAAAGCAGAGGAAAAGGAGCGGUUGAAACAAGAAAAACGUGAUGAAAAGAGAUUAAAUAAAGAGCGUAAACUGGAACAGCGAAGACUGGAAUUAGAAAUGGCUAAGGAGCUAAAGAAGCCUAAUGAAGAUAUGUGCUUAGCAGACCAGAAGCCUUUGCCAGAGUUACCCCGCAUUCCAGGCCUGGUUCUCUCUGGAAGUACGUUUUCAGACUGUCUCAUGGUGGUGCAGUUUUUGCGCAACUUUGGUAAAGUUCUUGGCUUUGAUGUGAACCUGGAUGUCCCUAGUUUAAGUGUUCUUCAAGAGGGGCUGUUAAAUAUAGGAGACAGCAUGGGAGAAGUACAAGACUUGCUUGUGAGACUACUCUCAGCUGCAAUUUGUGAUCCGGGACUAAUAACAGGAUACAAGGCCAAAACAUUCCUUGGGGACCAUUUGCUGAAUGUUGGCAUCAACAGAGACAACGUGUCUGAAAUUCUGCAGAUUUUCAUGGAAGGCCAUUGUGGUCAAACAGAACUCACAGCAAGCUUGAAAACCAAAGCUUUUCAGGCACACACGCCAGCUCAAAAAGCAUCUAUACUUGCCUUCCUUGUUAAUGAGUUAGCAUGUAGCAAAAGUGUUACAAGUGAAAUAGAUAAGAACAUAGAUUAUAUGUCAAAUUUAAGGAGAGAUAAGUGGAUGGUUGAAGGCAAACUUCGGAAGCUUAGAAUCAUUCAUGCUAAGAAAACAGGCAAGAGAGAUGUUACGGGAGGAGGUGAUUUAGGAGAAGAACAGCAUUCAUUGGGUACUCCCACACCAGGCCGAAAAAGGAGACGAAAGGGAGGAGACAGUGAUUAUGAUGAUGAUGAUGACGAUUACAGUGAUGAUCAAGCAGAUGAAGAUGAUGAGGACGAUGAGGACAAAGAUGACAAGAAGGGAAAGAAAGCAGAUAUUUGCGAAGAUGAGGAUGAUGGGGACCAGACAGCAAGUGUGGAGGAGCUAGAGAAACAGAUUGACAAACUGACUAAGCAACAGAACCAGUACAGAAGAAAGUUAUUUGAAGCUUCUCAUUCUUUACGUUCAAUGAUGUUUGGCCAGGAUCGUUACAGACGUCGGUAUUGGAUUUUGCCCCAGUGUGGGGGAAUUUUUGUUGAAGGCAUGGAAAGUGGAGAAGGUCUGGAAGAAAUUGCAAAAGAAAAAGAGAAGCUGAAAAAGGCCAAAGGCAUUCACAUCAAAGAAGAAAUGUUUGAGACCUCAGAAGAAAAAUUAAGUUGCUUAAACACAAACCAGUGUAAUCAGAAAGAAGAUCUCAAAGAGAAGGACAGCACGAAUCUGUUCCUGCAAAAGCCUGGCUCUUUUUCAAAGCUAAGCAAGCUGUUGGAGGUAGCAAAAAUGCCUCCCGACUCAGACAUUCUAGCCCAGAAAGCCAAUGGCAGUGCAGCAAAUGGGUGCUCAUUACCUUAUCAAAAUAGCUCUAAAACCUCACUCUGUGGCCACCAGGCCCCUAUAUCACAAAGCAGCAGUGAAAAGUCAGAUCCAAAUAAUCUCUUUAAUUCUAUUGCAACUGGGCCAGGAAAAUUUUAUAAUUCGCCAUUAAUUUCAAAUGACCAGCUGUUAAAGACUCUUACAGAAAAGAGCAGACAGUGGUUUAGCCUUUUACCUAGAACUCCUUGUGAUGACACAUCAGUUACCAAUAUAGAUUCACCAUCACCAGCUGCAGCUGCUUCUUCACUAACUCCUCAUUCUCAUCCUCCAUCCAAAUCACCUUCACCUGUCCCAUCUCCACUUAUUGGAUCAGCCUCUUCCCCGAGUCCAAUGGGAUUAAGUCCUUUUGCGUUAUCACCCCUUCAGCAGAUGAAGACAGGAUUGCCUGUAAUGGGACUUCAGUUCUGUGGAUGGCCUACUGGAGUGAUUACUUCAAAUCUUCCAUUUUCAUCUCCCUUGCCUAGUAUGGGGUCAGGACUGGGAUUGUCAGAAGGAAAUGGCAAUUCAUUCUUGACACCGAGUGUUCCAACAAGUAAAAGUGAAUCACCUGUGCCACAAGCUGAGAAACAAGCGUCUGUACCUUCUAGUGUGGUUGACGUAGCCAGACCAGUUGAUUAUCCUAGUCCAAAGCCCAUCCCAGAAGAAAUGCAGUUUGGCUGGUGGAGGAUUAUUGACCCAGACGAUCUAAAAGCUUUGCUUAAAGUGUUGCAUCUCAGGGGAAUUAGAGAAAAGGCCUUACAGAAGCAAAUACAAAAACAUAUGGAUUAUAUUACUGUAGCCUGCCUCAAGAAUAAAGAUGCUGCAGUUAUUGAAGUAAAUGAAAAUGAUGAAAAUCAGGUAACACGAGAUAUUGUAGAGAACUGGUCCAUAGAAGAGCAAGCCAUGGAUAUGGAUAUUGGUAUUCUUCAGCAGGUGGAGGACUUAGAGAGAAGAGUGGCAUCAGCUAGUCUGCAAAUCAAGGGUUGGAUGUGCCCUGAGCCAGCAUCGGAAAGGGAAGACCUGGUAUAUUAUGAACAUAAGUCAAUUACUAAAUUGCACAAGAAGCGUGAUGGUGAUUGUGCUGGUGGAGAAGAAGGCAAUAGCAGUACUCUAGAACGGAAGAGUGACAACCCUCUAGAUAUAGCUGUAACCAGACUUGCUGACUUGGAGCGGAACAUAGAGCGAAGGUAUCUGAAGAGCCCCUUAAGUACCACCAUUCAGAUCAAACUGGAUAAUGUGGGCACAGUUACUGUCCCUGCUCCUGCACCAUCCGUUAGUGGUGAUGGUGACGGAAUGGAAGAGGAUAUUGCUCCAGGGCUAAGGGUAUGGAGAAGGGCAUUGUCAGAAGCUCGCAGUGCUGCACAGGUAGCUCUGUGCAUUCAGCAGUUACAGAAAUCAAUAGCAUGGGAAAAAUCUAUUAUGAAAGUUUACUGCCAAAUAUGUCGAAAAGGAGAUAAUGAGGAACUACUGCUUCUCUGCGAUGGUUGUGACAAAGGCUGCCAUACCUACUGCCAUAGACCCAAGAUCAGUACUAUUCCCGAUGGUGACUGGUUUUGUCCUGCCUGCAUAGCAAAGGCAAGUGGUCAAACUUUAAAAGUAAAAAAAAAUCAAAUUAAAGGGAAAAAAAGCAAUGAACACAAAAAAGGCAAGAAACUGCCUUUAACAGUAGAAAUGGAAGAAGAUGACUCUGCAUCUACAAGCAGCUCCAUUAAAAGAGGGAAAAUGGACUCUAAGAAGAGAAAAAUGGAUGAAAAUAUUUCUGUUAGCCCAUCAAAACAGGAAAGUGUUUCCCCGGUGAAAAAAGCUAAACGAGAUGAAUCUAAGGACAUGGCUUUAUGCAGUGUGCUCCUAUCUGAAUUGGAAACUCAUGAAGAUGCAUGGCCUUUCCUACUUCCUGUAAACUUGAAACUUGUUCCUGGUUAUAAGAAAGUUAUUAAAAAACCAAUGGAUUUUUCCACCAUUCGGGAGAAGCUAAGUAGUGGACAGUAUCCUAAUCUUGAAGCCUUCGCUGUAGAUGUCAGGCUUGUGUUUGACAACUGUGAAACAUUUAAUGAAGAUGAUUCUGACAUUGGCCGGGCUGGCCACAACAUGAGGAAACAUUUUGAAAAAAAAUGGACAGAAAUUUUCAAAGUGAGCUGAAAUGAUCGUAGUCCAAUAUGUUUUCUUUUCUUAAAUGAGGACAAAUGAGACCAGCAAUGUGAACUGUAUUUACAUUAAAGUACAAGGCACAUGCAUAACUAAUGACUGUUUUAUUUUUCCUUGAAGUAUCACAGGGACGUGGUACUAAUUCUUAAGGCUUCACUCCUACAGCAACCAUGGCACUUGGUUCUUGGUUUGUGUGUUUUAUCAAACUAUUUUAGGUAGAACAGGGAAGCACACCCAAAGAAUUUAAACGUAAGGGGUGUAAUAGUGCAAUAGCAAUUUAAAAUAUAUCAAAACGCACUGAAUAUUCAACCACCAGAGCUCUACUUGGGGAAAAAGGUUCUCUUUUCCCUUUCAAUAAAUAUCUAUUUUUCAUUUUUUUACUUUGUAGUUUAUUUUUUAGUAAAUGUAUUUAAUUUUAUGAAUUAUUUAUGAUUAAAUAGCAUCCAGACUCUUCGUUUUCUGUGAAAAGGAAGAAUUAGAGAAUAAAAUUGCUUUAAAUCUUGAAAAUACAACAAGGAAUGUUUUAAAAUAUAAAACAAAGCCAAGUAAAACUGUUUACACUGAUGUGCUGUAAAAAGCACGAAAAAUUAAACUUUACUGUAGAGUUACAAGUACAUUUAUAUAUAUGUUGCUGCAUCACUUGUGUAGUUAAAUUGUAUUUCAAGACAGUGAAGAAAAAAUGAGACAUAUGUAUAUACUGUUCAUUAUUGUUUAUAUUAAGUCUUGUUUUAAAUAUGUAUGAUGUGUACAUAUUGUUUGCAGACAUUAUUGUUUAUGCCUUAGAAGGACUGUAGCAUUUUAUUUUAGUUUUAAAGUAAUUAUAGCUAUAUGGCUUGUACAGUAAUUAUCCUCUACCAACACUGUGGAGUCUCCUUAAUCUUUGUAGUGCCUGCCUUUAAAACAGGGUGUAGGGGAUAUUAGUUUUCCAUUUUUCUAUUUUGUUAUAUAAUUUCAAGCCACCAGGGCCUCAAAUUCAAGUAUAAUCAUUUGUAUCCAUGUGGAAUAAAAUUGUGACAAUUUCCUACGCACACAGUAUUUUUUCAUAAAAACAUUUCCCUCCAUUUGCCUUGCCACAGAAAUAACAAAAAGACAUUUGUAACCACUGUGUUUUAUCUACUGUGUGUUGUGGUGGCCUGUUGGAGGCGGAUAGAUCAGAUUUUUUUUGUACCUAUGUAAGAGUACUUGAAGUUUCAUUUAAAACAAACGUUGUGGAAAAGGUAGCAUUCUUUUUCUUUUUUUUAGGAGUGUUUUUUUUCACUAGUAUGUGUGGCACGGAUACAAUAAAAUACUGUUUUGCAAA